CGUGCGAAUCAUUAGUCUUCGUUAGGCUGUCUUUGUGUCAACAACGUGUUGCUCUGCCGCAGAACCGCUCCUCCGUCGCAGAGUCGCUCCCAAGUCGCCCUCAAGUCGUCCCUUGUCGCUCGCUCGCGAUUUCCAGCUCGUCCAUCACACAGGACACUGCCAAGCCAGCUCAGGACACAGCACGCCAAGCUCCUUCGGUGCAAAUGUGCGAUUUCGGUGUGCGUGCCACAGUGCAACAAGUCGCGACUUAAUUUUAUUGCAACAAUUUCCCCUGAAAACUAACAAGGAUAUAUCAGUGUCCGUGUAAAGUAGAACAAUCAUCGUUCUGACCAAAAAAUAAUUAAAACAGCCAAAGACAUUGCAUUAGUCAGCAGAUCGAGGUCUGCCAGCGUACGUGACUUGGCCCUUUCCAGGACUCUAUCGAAAGAAUCCAUUCCACUGGGAUUUAGAAACCGAAUCAAAAUGUUGCCGCAUCAUCAGCGCCAUAAAAUGGCGACUCCGGCAAUGCUCCUGCUCGCCCUCGUCCUGCUGAUGACCAUGCCCACCGACGCCCGCUCCAAGGAGGAGCGCCGCAGCCGGGGACGUGGCAGCAACGGCUCGGCGGCGGCCUCCACGAGCGGCAACAACGGCUAUGGAUACGGGGGAUCCUCCUCGACGGCGCCCGGCUCCUCUGGCGGAUACGUCUUUACCAGCAGCAGUGCCGUGAACUCCGGCAGCGUCGGCUACAGUGGACCCAUGGACAGCACUGGAUUCUGCACGCGGCGACGGGACAUGAAGCUGAUGUGCUACUGUACCCCGGACGAGAACCACGUGCCGGUGCAGAAGGCCGAGUGCUGGAUAUUCUCGGAGGGGCUGCACCAGAACGACACCACCUGGACCCGGUUCUACCAGCAGAAGCGCCUGCGGGAGCUCAAGUUCGUGAUCCAGAACAAUGCCCGGCUGGACUACAUACCCACCAUGAUUAUCGAGCCCCUGAAGAACCUGAGCAGCAUCGUGAUUGAGUACUCGCAGGUGGAGAUUGUGAAGAGCUACGCCUUCGCCAACCUGCCCUUCCUCGAGAGAAUCAUCCUCAACAAUAACCACAUAAUGGCCCUGGACCAGGACGCCUUCGCCAACCACAUCAGGCUGCAGGACCUGAACCUGGAGCACAACCAAAUCUUCGAGAUGGACCGCUACGCCUUCCGCAACCUGCCGCUCUGCCAGAGGCUCUUCCUCAACAACAACAACAUAAGCACCCUCCACGAGGGGCUCUUCGCCGACAUGGCCCGGCUGACGUACUUGAACUUGGCCCACAACCAGAUCAACGUGCUGACCAGCGAGAUAUUCCGAGGCCUGGGCAACCUGAAUGUCCUGAAGCUGACCCGGAACAAUCUGAACUUCAUCGGAGACACUGUCUUUGCGGAGUUGUGGAGCCUCAGCGAACUCGAGCUGGACGACAAUCGAAUCGAGCGAAUCUCUGAGCGCGCUCUGGAUGGCCUGAAUAACCUAAAGACCCUCAACUUGCGCAACAACCUCCUGAAGAAAAUAGACAACGGCCUGCUCCGCGGCACUCCGGCCCUCCUCUCCAUCAACGUCCAGGCAAACAAAUUGGAAACGCUGACGUUUUACACAUUCCAGCCAAUUAUGGACAAUUUGGUCAACAGCACCAGUGAGCUGCUAGUGUCAGACAACAAAUUCAUUUGCGACUGUCGGCUGCAGUGGAUCUUCGAAUUGAAAAAUCGCACACGUCACCUGCAGCUGCGUGAUUCCCUGGAAGAGUUGUCCUGCUCGCUCCAGGACCCCAAGCUGUCACAUUUCGUCGACCCGGUGCCGUCGCAGAUCCUGGACGUGCUCAAUAUCGGAGGAUUCACGGCGAUUGGCAGCAACAGCGCCAGCAUGGGCGGAGUAGGAAACAGUGUGGUGGGCAGCAGCUACGGCGGCAUGGGUCUGGACGAUUCCCGCAAGCACUCAUCGAGCAGAUCACGACAGGCUCUGCGAGGACAGCGACAGUUUGCCUCCAGCCAGGAGAACACAGUGGAGUCCAAGAUGCGGAAGCGGCGCAAGAGGCAGGAGGCUGCCCAGAAGGAGAAGGACCUGGCGGCCGUGGCCCCCACCCACAAGCGGUACGACUACUACGAUGACAACAACGGAGGCCUGUCCCUGGGCCAUGGGCUAGACCUGGACGAUAACCUGAACCUGCACAAGCAGGGAUCCUUCUACGGAGCCGCAUCUCCGGUGGCGGGACACAACGAUGUGGAUGUGCUUCUCUCCUCGCCGCACUCCUCCGCGGGCGACGCCCUUGACGCGAUGGCCAACAAGAAUACGAUCAACGUGAGGCUGUUCCUGCUUAAGCCGGAGAUGCUGCCGUGCCACGACGAGCUGAGCGAUCCCACCGAGCUGCCCCUGUCCCGCGAUCUAAUGGACGUGCGCAGCAAUGUGGGCCAGGAGUCGUCGCUGGGCGGUGCCCCCGCCCUGGCCAAGGGCUUCGGCCUGCUGGUCGUCCUGGUAGCUCUGGCAGUGAGCCAGGGCUGAAUCGCCGGUCAGAGCUAAUCUGGGUCCCUGAGUUUGGUUCUACAUUGUACAUACUGGCUUGGAGAUGUGGUGCCCUUGGGAAACGAGCUUCAAAACGCAAACAAAAAUUAAGGAAACACACGAAUGGCUGUACCAGCUACUGUCCUGUAAAUAUGUAAAAAGAAUGGGGUAAUGGAAAACGAAAUUCGAUAAACUUACUAUUAUGAACCUAGCUGAUAGCUGUAAUGAUAGACUCGACUUUUCACCAACAACUUCAGCAGCAGAUUCAGAUACAAAACCGAAAACAAAUCUUAAAGUCUAAACCUAACAGAAACUUAAAGCCCAAAACGAAUCCAAAAGAGAACCUCCGAGCAAACUGGCGUUUCAUUUAAAAGAAAAAACCACAAAGAUACUCAACUACCGCUACACUCUACGAGAUAGACAUAGUUUAAAUGGUUAGUUAGUUAGCCAUAGAGUCACAUUUCGUUUACUUGAGCAAGGUACAUACUACAGUUAAACUUGGAAAGCGCUAAACGUCUUACAUGGAGACACAGAGCUGGCUAACAAACCAGUCAUAGAGGCAUGCCUGUAAAAACCAGAACGCAGAACAGAAACCGCUGAAAGUUGCAACGAUAGCCGUUAGUCGAUAGGAGAUAGUCUAUAGCAGAUAGCAGAUAGGAGUUAGUUAAUAAAUGUACUAGGUAAUGUACCCGGCCACCCGAAGUUCUAGUUAGAGUCUAAGUCAGCUUUUUUAGUUGUAAGUCGACACCUAAUGCUUUGCUUCCCUAGAACUGUCGCCUAAAUUUUCCAAACUAAACCCCCCUCGUGCACCCCUCGGAAAAGUGUCACUUUCUCUCGGGGGAAACAACUUUCCGCUUCACUCUUACUUUUGCCGCACCAGAAACCAAAAACAAGAUAAAACUUACAUUGCGAAUUUAUAUAACUUAUUUGGAUAGAUUCAAAUUAUAGAAAAAAAAAACAACGGAAUAACAAAAACAAAACAGAAAUAUGCAUAACGAUUUUUGUAGCUUAAGACUGAAUAUAUAAAGGUAAAUUAUGCUAAAAUAUACAAAAUAUUUAUAUGGAAAUACUGUACUGUAUGUUUAAUUGUAUUGUAAUAAAUGCAAGCUGGGGGAAAGGGUAAUGUCAUUUCUAUAUAUUAAAAUAUAUACACACAUGUAUGGAUAUAUAGAAACCAAAGUAAGCCGAUCGAAACCAACAGAUUCGUGCAUUCAAAGUAGGAUGAGUGCAUGGAAUGCAUAUUACACUUUAUUUGGCAAUUUAUUACCUAUUUAAUUAUGCACAAAAUUAUGAUUUAAAAUAAAACAAAACAAACACACGAAAAACUAAAAAAAAAACUUUUUGAUUAAUGUGUUUAAUAAUUCAUAUACAAAGAGAAAGUAAAGUAAGAGUAUAAAUGCAAAUUUAUGUGUAAAAAUAACAGAAAAAAUUUACAUAAAUAUACUCCCGAAAAGUGGGAGUAGAACAGAGAAAGCAUAAGGAGCAAGCAUAGUUUUAGUGGACAAUCAAGGAUAAGUAAAGUGAAAGUAGAAAGCAAGAACAUCUGGGAAAUCCCUGAAUCAGCAGAACACAGAAAACUUAGAAACCCAGAAAAGCGGAAAAACGUCGUGGAAAUCUCUCAAGAAAAGCGAAAUAAUAGAACAGACGUUGGCGAAGCAAAAAAAACACAAAACUAUUUUAAGUAAAUGGAUAUAAGCUAAAUGUAUUUAGUGUUUUGAUUAGCUAAUAAGACCUUAAACACACACAA